UUUCUCUCUUCGUCUUCCUCGGCCGUAGCGCGCGAAGAAGAACCGCCGGCAUUCAGCAUUCUGACCCUAGACACAGAGUCCUCCGGUCUUCUGAUAAACCCCCAUGUGGAAGGCCAAGACAUGCUUCCGUCAGAUUUACUUGACCGUACUAAUACGGCGGUACUCGAGAGUCGCUCCGCCGCCGUCUUCGGUGAUCCGCGUGACAAACAACGUAGCACACCUGGGACCACCGAAGCAAGGACCACUGCCACGUCAGCUGAUAUCCCUGCCGCCAUUUCCCGGUCAUCCAUUACCUGGCAAAAACGCCGGAGCUGACGGCGACGAUGGAGAUAGCGGCGGCCACGUCACAGCUAUAAGCUGGGUCAAGUACUAUUUUGAAGAAAUCUAUGAUAAGGCUAUUCAAACUCAUUUCACAAAGGGCCUUGUUCAGAUGGAGUUUCGAGGUCGUAGGGAUGCUUCAAGAGAGAAAGAAGAUGGAGCUAUUCCUAUGAGAAAGAUUAAGCAUAACGAGGUGAUGCAAAUAGGAGACAAAAUCUGGUUGCCGGUUUCAAUCGCUGAGAUGAGGAUUUCUAAGAGAUAUGACACCAUACCAAGUGGAACCUUGUAUCCAAACGCAGACGAAAUCGCAUAUCUUCAAAGGCUUGUCAGGUUCAAGGACUCUGCUAUUAUAGUUCUUAAUAAGCCACCUAAGCUUCCAGUCAAGGGAAAUGUGCCUAUACAUAAUAGCAUGGAUGCACUUGCAGCUGCAGCUUUGUCUUUUGGUAACGAUGAAGGUCCUAGAUUGGUACAUCGUCUUGAUAGGGAAACUAGUGGCCUCUUAGUAAUGGGUCGAACCAAAGAAAGUAUAGAUUAUCUUCACUCAGUGUUCAGUGACUACAAGGGGAGAAACUCAAGCUGUAAGGCUUGGAACAAAGCGUGUGAGGCGAUGUAUCAGCAAUAUUGGGCAUUGGUGAUUGGUUCUCCAAAGGAAAAAGAAGGACUAAUUUCAGCUCCUCUUUCAAAGGUGCUUUUGGACGAUGGUAAAACAGACAGGGUGGUUUUGGCUCAAGGUUCGGGCUUUGAAGCUUCGCAAGAUGCAAUAACAGAGUAUAAAGUGUUAGGACCUAAGAUCAACGGGUGUUCGUGGGUAGAACUUCGUCCUAUUACUAGCAGAAAACAUCAGCUACGUGUACACUGCGCUGAAGCACUUGGUACUCCAAUAGUAGGGGAUUACAAGUACGGUUGGUUUGUUCACAAGAGAUGGAAACAGAUGCCUCAGGUUGAUAUCGAACCAACUACUGGGAAACCAUAUAAACUGCGCAGACCAGAAGGUCUUGAUGUCCAAAAGGGAAGCGUUUUGUCAAAAGUACCUUUGUUACAUCUCCAUUGCCGGGAAAUGGUACUUCCAAACAUUGCCAAGUUCCUACAUGUCAUGAACCAACAGGAAACAGAGCCGCUUCACACAGGAAUCAUUGAUAAACCGGAUCUCUUGCGGUUUGUAGCUUCAAUGCCCAGCCAUAUGAAGAUCAGUUGGAACUUAAUGUCUUCAUAUUUGGUGUAGCUCUUUUACUACCUUUUUAUUAUUAGAUAACAGUUCCUGAACUUCUUGGUUCUGUGGCUUCAUAUUGGGAAUAUUUGUAUUGUACAGUUGUCUCACAGA